CGCGUGCGGGCCCUGCCCUGCCCCCGCCCCGGACUCUGUCAGUGGUCUCCUGUGGAAGGUAGACUGCAGCCAGUAGGCCCCGGUCGGCCCUCACAGCGGCUGGGAUGAGGGAUGCCUCCCUAUUCGCUUUCUAACCCGUUGAGGGGAUUGAACUGGCCGGAAGGGGCCUUCCUCAGGAAGCGGCCGACCCCGGCCGCAGCCCCCACAGGAGCUCAUGGGAAAAAGAGAAUUGCCACGUACCAUUUGGUCAGGCCUCUGGAGCCCGGCAGUUUCCGACCGUGAUUGUACUUGAGAAUCCACAGGCCUCUCGCCAGAUGAUUCUGGUGUAUCGGAGGGGUGGGAACCACUGGUGAGGCCCUUUCUCAGACCGUGGGCCGGACCGCGUGGGCCACAGCACUUGAGCGGCGCGCCCGCUGCUCAGGAGUCGUGGGUGGCGGGGCGGGACUCACGCCCUUAACCGGUACCCGGUCCCUGGCAGGAGUUGCAGAGUCCUGGCCUAACACGAGCCUGGGGAAGACCACUGCUCUUCGAAAGGAGUUCUCCCAGCUCUUUAGAUGAAAUAUAAGGAAAAAGAAUACAGACAAGCAUGGAAAGUGAAGACACAAAGAAGAUACAAGUUGUGCCUAGAAUUGAAAAUCACUAUGCUCCAUCAAAAAUCCUGUUUGGCAUGUUGUUGCUGAUGAGAGGUUUAUUGAUAACCCAUACAGAAAUGAAGACUGAUCUGAACUUACUAUUGGAGUGUCUGAAGUAUCAAAUGGACAACCCUUUUUCACAAAAAGAAGCUUUGGUCACUAUUCAUUCAAUUUGUCAACAAAACAGUAAUGCAGGUGUUUACUUUCGAGAAAUUGGUGGUUUGAUGUUUGUAAGAAAUCUUGCAAAGUCAAGUGAACAUAGCAUGGUAAAAGAAGCAGCCUUAUAUACAUUAGGAGCUGUUGCAGAACAAAAUGUUUACUGUCAGCAGACUUUGUGCACUUCAGAAUUGUUUGAAGACUUAACUUGGUUCUUAUCUAAUAAUGAUUCAAACACAAAUUUGAAAAGAAUGUCUGUCUAUGUCAUAUUGGUGCUGGUUUCAAAUAAUAGGACUGGACAGACACUUGUGAGAGAAACAGGUUGUAUCACAGUUCUGACACAGUUGUUCAGGACAGUUCUUUCAAAAUAUGAGUUGAAUUUGUCAGAUAAAAAUGUUUUCCAGAGUUAUCAGUUAUGGUCUUCAGUGUGUAGUACUUUAUGUGUCUGUGUCAACAAUCCUCAAAAUGAUGAAAAUCAGAUGCUUUGCUGUUCACUUUUUCCACAUGCUAAUGACUGGCUAAUAAAUUGCAUCACACCUGAGGUAAUUCGCCCUGUUUGCUCAUUUAUUGGGCUUACUCUUGCAAAUAACACAUUUGUUCAGAAAUACUUUAUAUCUGUGGGUGGACUGGAUGUAUUGUCUCAAGUUCUUGUGCAACUGGAAUCUGAUUCACACAAGACUGUUUCCAGUGCUAAGCUUGCAGUGGUGGUGACAAAGACAGUGGAUGCGUGUAUUGCUGAUAAUCCUACUUUUGGAGUAAUACUAUCCAAGUAUCACAUUGUUUCAAAACUUCUGACAUUACUGCUUCAUGAAAGUCUGGAUUCAGGAGAAAAAUUUAGCAUCAUACUUACUCUUGGUCAUUGCACAGAGGAUUGUGAGGAAAAUCAGUAUGACCUUUUUAAAAACAAUGGGCUUCCACUCAUGAUACAAGCCUUAACUGAAUCACAGAGUGAGGAACUAAACAAAGCUGCCACUUUUGUGCUUCACAAUUGCAAAAAAAUUACUGAAAAAUUAUGUCUAAGUCUAGGAGAAUAUUCUUUUGAUGAGAAUGAAAAACAAUUAGAAGACAUAAAUAUGAAAGAGAAGAAUCUUGAAGAGUACUGGAAGAAAGCAAAGGAAAUUCUACACAGAAUAGAACAGCUUGAAAGAGAAGGAAAUGAGGAAAAAAUACAAAGAGAAAAAUACAAGGAUAAUGUUUCAUCUAUGAACAUAAAUAUUCAAAAUACAUUGAAACACCUCCAUGGAGAUAGUAUUGGCAGAGGCCCUGAAGCAGAAGAUAAGGAUGAAAGCCAGUCUAGAAAGCUUCUGAGUUGUAAAUCCCAUGAAAUUCUAACUACAGCGUGUACAAAUGAUCACCAAAUGAAGACCCUGUUAAAGAGUACAAAUCCAGUUGAUGCUUGUUAUAGGGAGAGUGGACAAAAUAAAACUUUAUAUAAAGCCGAUUCAAGCUAUAGUCAAAACUUACAUGAAAGAACAAAUUUUGAAAACAAGAAUUCUGUUUCUCAAUCAAGUGACCAUGUUUUUAAACCUCCAAUUCCUGUUGUCAAAAAUAGAAAGCAGGAGUUACCAGUAACAGAUCCAUUUACAUUAUGUUCAGAUAUAAUAAAUAAAGAAGUCAUCACUUUUCUAGCAACUGACAGUCAUUCUAAAAUGUUAAAGUAUAGAUGCUCAGGUUGCAUAGCAGUAGGAAAAUCCCUGAAUAGCCGAAAUUUUAGCAAGCUCUUGCACUCUUGCCCAUACCAAUGUGAUCGUCACAAAGUCAUUGUGGAAGCUGAAGACAGAUAUAAAAGUGAACUAAGGAAAUCACUUAUCUGUAACAAAAAAAUUCUGCUGACCCCACGUAGGAGACGACAACUCAGUAGUGAAUCUACUACCUCUGGAGGAAUAAAAAAAAGAAGAAUUCGUAAAAAUUUUACCAAAGAAGAAGUAAAUUACCUUUUCAAUGGAGUUAAGAAAAUGGGAAAUCACUGGAAUUUAAUUUUGUGGUCUUUCCCCUUUCAGCAAGGACGGAAGGCUGUGGAUCUUGCUCACAAAUACCACAAGCUGACCAAAGGCUCCAAGCAUGAAGCUCCUUGAUCAGAAUACUUGUCAGUUUUUAGGUUUAACUAAUAGAAUACAAUGGCUUGAAACACAAUUUAAAAUCUUCUAAACUCUCAUGAAACAGAGAAUGUGAAAACAAUACUGUUUUAAUUAAAUACUCGUUGUGAUUCUG